GUUUUCCUCCCCGAGUCGCGCCACAUGAGUGCUGCUGGGUGCCUACUACGUGCUGGGCGUGGGGUCAAAGUAACCCAGAGUUCGCGCCCGUGCCCCCCAAGAUUAAAGCAGGACACACAGACGACAGGGAGGUGGAAAUCGGGGGUGGGUGGGUGAGAGGGAGCCCAGGGAGCGCGUGUCGUGGGGUGAAGGGGAGGAGGUAGACGCUUAAGGCGCCAGCACCCAGGCAGGGACCCUGGGGCGUCCCGGCUCCCGGGCUGUGCCCAAGCGGGAGCGAUCGGCCUGGGUCCCGAGAGCGAUUCCCCGGGUGCCCGGGAGGAGCUGUCCAGGCGCCUGCGGCGGUCGGGGGCGGCUGGACAGAGCUGGGAGCCCGGGGGACGGCCCCGGUGCGCCGGGCAGCCCCUCUCCGGGGGACGCGGUCCUCUCGCCGCUUCGGGGCCCCGCAGCCCCGUCUGGGCCACCCCGAGAGCAGGCUAGGAGGAAACCCACGCACCAGAGAGGGCUCCCCGACUCCGCGAGCGGCCCGGAUGCGCGCGGCUUCCUCCUGACCGAGUGACAAUGGGAGGGAGGGGGAGAAAAGGGUUAAGAAACUUGGCUGAAGAGCUGAAUGGCGUGGGGCGGCGAGGGGAGGGACUGGGCCGCGGCGGACUCGGCGGCGGAGGGAGGAGCGCGGCUGCGGGCGGGCGGCGAGCGAGGCGCUCAAAGUCAGCCUCGCAGACAUUGCAGCAGAGCCCCGAACUCGGGAGGCGGCGGCGGAGGAGGUGGAGGAGGCGCGGCGAGGCGCAGGGACGACCCGGCCCCACGCCCGCCCGCCACCCGCGCGCGCCCGUCCGCCCGUGGCCUCGCGUCCGCCGCUGCGCCGGGAGCGCCGCUGGUCGGAGGAAGAGCUCGCCGGGGCGCCGGGCCAGGACGGGGCGGCGGGCGCCUUCGCAGACCGAGCCUGACGGAGCCGGAGGCUGGGAGCCGCGGCGGCCUCGGGAAGUGUUUGGAUUGUGAGCUAUUUCAGAACUCUGUUCUCAGGACUCAUUAUUUUAACAUUUGGGAGAAACACAACCAGAGGCAUGCAGCAGGAAGAAAGGGAAAACACCUGACUUCCAUCAGAUGCACACUUGACUGAAGGAGGACGGGGAAUCUGAAGACUCCAGAUGACCUCAAAGCUACUUUUCAACAGCCUUCUCAGUUUCCUUUCUCAGAAAGCAGAGGCUUAAAGCCUGGAGACAGAUGGUGAGAAUUUUUUUUCCUGAGUUCUUAAGGCUUAAUCAUUAUGACUUUAAUAUAUUUCAGACAAUUAUUUCUCAGUUAUAAAUUAGCUUAUAAUUCGAAAUGUUAUAUGCUUCAUCUGUGCAAGUUAUUUCGUCAGGCAGUAUGGUUUAAAAAAUGAGUAAGAUACAACCCUUCCUUUAAGGAACUUAUAUGGAAAGGAUAAAUGUAAAUAAAUAAAUGUAAUCUAAUAAUAAAAGAGGUAAAUCAUGUAAAAGAAAUGUAGAAAAAUAUUCUUGAGAAUUCAAUGUGUAUAUUACUUCUGGAGAGAGGAAUUGGGAAGCUUGAAAGAAGAAAAAGCAUUUUUGUUGAUAAUACUUAAUUUGUUUUUAUCAAAAACCAGAGAAAAUCGACAGUUAAUAUAAAGCCUGAAAUAGCAAUCCCUGAUUUCAGAUAAAAAGUUAAUUACCGUUUUGAGGAAGGAUAGAAGCAUGUUUGAUUAUUGUGCGUUUAUUAUAGUAUAGGCCAGUGAUUACUUUUAGAAUUAUGUAAAAUUCCUCUUACAAAGGAAAGAGCAUUAUUAGCAUUUCUGAGAAAUGAUAAAGUAAUUGGAUUAAAUUAACACAAGUAGGUGGGCAGAGCAACAAAGGAGACGAUGAGUGAGUGGUUAAUUCUACUUGGAUUAACACUCCUGUUUUCUAGUAAAGCUACAACCUAAAUGAAUUCCUCAUGUCUUAAGCUCUUGGACCUUAUGCUGCUGAUUUCUGGGCAGUAGGAAUCAAAGGGAACUAGGUAAAGGCAUCAUGAUUGAUUAUGGUGCUCAUAAUCAUUUGUGAAUAGUUCAGUUUCGUCUAGCUAACUGAAAAACUCUGGUCACAGAGAGAGAGCAGAUACAGCAUGCUAAAAUUCACCGUGUUUUAACUGACCACAGUGUUUCAAAAAGGGAAUGGCAGCUCUGAGCCAAAUUUGCCCUUUACCUGUAGGCAUCCACAAAGAUGAUCCUAACUGCUUUUCCUUCACUAUCCUGAUAAUGUUCAGAAAACCUAGUAAUGAAGUUAUUUUAAUCACCUACUUACAUGCUUAAUUUUUCUUGUAAUUUUAUCAAGAAAAUCUUUAAAACAUUAAUUUUUAAAAGACUGCAUAAAAUGACUAAUAAUUAUUUGGUUGCAAGUCACUUUUCAUAUAUUCAUAUAUUUUUCACCUCUAAAUUAAAAUUUAAAAUCAACUUGGCAAUUAUUUGUAAAUACUAAAAGUGUUUUUAUUCAGAUAUAAUUAGGUGCUAAUCACUGGUUGGUAGUCUGAAAUCUGCUUCUAUAUUUGAUGAAACAGUUGAUAUUGAACCCCAUUUCUGAACUUCUAAUUUUGUUAAAGUUAAUUUUAUAGUCAUGCAUAUUACUGUGACCCCUCCCCCCCCACAAGAUAUAAUUGGUUUGUCGUUGUUCUUAAUUUGUCAACACCUUUGUUUUACCUCGUAACCAGAAUAGUGUUCACUUACGAGAGUUAGAUAAGUAAAUUAUAGGUAGCCAUCUGGUAAAUAUGCACAGAAUGAGUUGUUCAUAGAAAAUGGUCAAAUUUAGAUUUUUCUUCCAGAUUAAAAAAAAAAAGACAUUAUAAUGUACAGUGAACAACUUUGAAAACUAAAAAUUCAUAAAAACAAAUUAUUAGUAGUGAUUUUCUGUAUUCCUUUCAUAUAUUUAAAAAUACUUUUAGAUUUUAAAGAUGAUAUGUCAAAUGUUUUUUUUCUAAAAUGUGUUGUGUUAAAUAGGUUUUCAUUUUGAAUGAACAGUCCUUGGGCAAAUAAGCUUGGGAGAUGUUGGUCCAAAGUAUAGAAUGUCUUUUCAGUAAGCCUUUCAUUAACCAGUGGACUGUGUCUCCAAAAGAAGGAUCUGGUAUAUUUCUGGAGAUGAGUAUUUGAUGAGUUGAGGAUUGUAAACUAAUAUGUUUUAUGAGGUUUUUGCUAUAGUUUGUUAUACUCUGCAAAACACUCAUGUUAUAUUUUUAAGUAUAGUUAUAUUUUUUUGAAUGAAAGCUCAAAGAGAAUGGGGAGAAAAGGGAUGUAAUUAAUUGAGUAUUGCAAGCUAUAUAAAGAAUGAAGUGUUUAAAAAGGCUUUUAGUGUCUUAGGGCAUAUUCCCCUUGCUCUUUGUUGGCUUCUUCUUUUGAAAAACAUACAGUCAUCAUAUGGAGUAACUAACAAAGUUAAUUCAUCCUUUAUUAUGUUUUAUAGGACUUCAUAUACUUUCUCUGCUAUUUAGCUCAGUGUAUAAUAUUUGUUAGGUAAUUUUGAUAAAAAUUGCUGAUACAAAAACAGGGGCUAUCUUGUGUAGAGUCAGCUAAACGACCAUAACUCAGUUUAGCUUAAACACUUGAAUAUGCUAAUUUUCCCUCUAAUGAAAUUGUUGUUAUAUGUCAUGAUUUUCCACUGGGAAGAGUUCUAGUUUGAUUAAAAAUUUGACGACUAUUUUAGUAGAUGUCUUGAGUUUAAAACUCAUGUCAGACAUAGAGGUAUCUAUAUAAUUUUUUUUUAAAGGCCAGCACUGAUGGGUUGGGUUACCAGAUUGAUAAAGUAGGUGAAUUAUAUACAUGGAAUGCCUUGCCAACUUCAUAAAACAUUCCUCAAAGUCAUAGUUUUUUGUUUAAGAAAUAACUCUUUGUAAUAUGUGUUUAAACUUUCACAUUAGAUUUUUAGUAGGAACAUGAAACUGGUAAAACCAAGAUCAAUUUAUAAUCUAGGUAAGUUGUCUUAGUUGGAAUUAAUUGCCGUAAAUCAAUUUGGAUUUCUCACUAGUGUUUUCCUGGCCUUGUGGAUAACGUCGGUAAGAAAAUCUGUAUGCUUGGCUCAAGUGAGUCAUUGUUAGUUUCCAGCAUUGCUUUCAUCCACUCUUAAUUUCCUUCCUCACAGCCAACCAUGUUAG